GCCGCUCGGCUCCCCGGCGUUAAUGUCCAUCUCGGGUCCAACGAGACCAGCUCAGAGGGGCCCGUGUUGGAAGGAGAUCUAAGAUGAAGUUAUGGGAUGUUGUGGCUGUCUGUGUGGUGCUGCUCAACACGGCCUCCACCUCGCCCCUGCCCACCGGUAAGACGCCUCUCAAGGGGCCCCCUUCAGUGGUAGAGGGGCCUGAAGACGAUCUCUCCCCCGUCAGCCUGCUGCGUCCCUAUGCUGUGCACAGUGACUCUAACAUGCCAGAGGAUUAUCCAGAUCAAUUUGAUGAGGUAGUGGACUUUAUUCAAGCCACUAUUAAAAGACUGAGGAGGUCACCAGAUAAACAGACACCAAUUUUUAACAGGAGGGAGAGAAACCGGCAAAACGCAGCCACAAACAUAGAGAAUACCAGCAAAAAGGGGAGGAGGAAUCAAAAGGGAAAAAAUCGGGGAUGUGUCUUAACAGAAAUACAUUUAAAUGUGACUGACUUGGAUUUGGGAUAUGAAACCAAAGAAGAGCUGAUUUUUCGGUAUUGCAGUGGAUCUUGUGAUGCAGCCGAGACCACCUACGACAAGAUUUUAAAAAACUUAACCAGAAAGAAGAAACUGGUCACUGACAAAGUGAAGCAAGCCUGUUGCAGACCCACAGCCUUUGAUGAUGACCUGUCCUUCUUGGAUGAUAACUUGGUUUACCACAUACUGAAAAAACAUUCCGCAAAAAGGUGUGGAUGUGUCUGACUGCUGCACGCCAGAGGCAGCGCCUGUUUUGCAUUCCUGCUAUGACGCAAAAAUAGGGACCAAGGUUCCUGGGGAUAUGUCUGCUCAGAGCAGAAAAAAGGACCAAGAAUGCAGAACGAGGUGUUGUGAGAGCCUGGGGAGGGCGCGAGGCGGCAUAGGAGGAUGGAGGCUUUUGACGUCCUAUGGGAAAGUACAUAAAAGCUCAGGUGGAGAUGCUGACGGCUGGAUGGCAUGUGUGCUCCCUUUCCCGUUUGACACAGUUCACCAUCAGUGGGACUCGGAUCCAUGAGGAAUGUGCUUAAAAACACAACCCUGCCAUACCAUGUUGUGUUGUAACUAUACCAUCUGUGCCAGGAAGCUUAGCCAAGAAGUAGUUUAGGAAUACCUUACUCAUCCCCUGUGCCCUCAGCUUUACUGAAAGACACAUUGUGCUACUGCUCAUUGAAGGGUGGUUCCUAAGCGCUUAGGACAACUUCAAAACUAUAAUAAGAUCAACAUUGUAAGUAAGAUGAU